AUGUCUUACAAUGUUUACAAAACGAACAUGGCUGAUUGCUUAAAUAAACUAAGAGUGUAUGACCUCAAUCAGCUAUGUAGAAAGUUCCUGCUUCCACAACAUGGAAAAAAAGUCGCCAUCGUGGAACGAAUUUUGGAAUACAUCACCGACGUGGAGAGGGAGGAACAAAUUUACCAGUUUAUCUUAGCAAUCAAGCCGUCCAUAUUUGAGAUAAUUAACGGGAAGAGAAUAAACAACGCUUUCAACAACAGUAAUAUCAAUAACGCGCAUAGCAGCGUACACAACAGUACGCAUAGCAGUAAUAGCGGUAGUAAUAAAUACCUGAGCAGUAGUAAUAAUUUUUUCCUAGGGAGUAACAGUGGAAAUAGCAGUUCCUUCUGUAACAAUAGUCACAACCUCAAUUUUGCGAACAAUGAAAUUCUCGCAGAAAAGAAGAGCGGCACCUCCCCCGUAGUGCGCAAGGGAAAGGCGGUCAAAAUAUACCAAGAGGACAGUGACUUCUCCUCGUGCGCAUGCGGAGGCAUGUCCAAAAACAUAAGCAGCAAAAACGGGAUAGUAAAAUGCAUAGAGUGCAACAAAUUACAGCACGUAAGUUGCUAUGUGCAAUCCCCAGCCAGUAAUAAAGACACGGAGAGUUACAAAAUCCUGUGUGUAGCAUGUCGAUUGAAAGAUAUGGACCCCUUCUACCCUAUGAAAAAAGUCCUCUGGCUUAAAAGCCUCACAGUUAACUCGGAAAAGCUAGUAAUCAAUGCGUCCGACAUAAAAAGUUGGAAAAAUGAAAAUAAAGAAGUGAUCAUUUUCUGCAUCCAUUUGGAUAAAAAAAAUUUAAGUACGAAUAUUUCCAUAAAACAAGAAUGGCCCAAAACAUUCGUUUUAAAAGUAAAUGGAAAUAUUAUCGAAAAGGUAUUUGAACCCUCAUGGGAACACAAAAGGAGGGAUAGUCCUUUAAAAAUUACGCACACGUUAAAGACAGGACUUAACAACAUUGAUAUCAAUAUGACAAAUUACGAAACGCCGAAAUUAUUUGUUGUAGCUUUUUUAUUGUGCAAAAUAGAAACGGAGCAAAACAUUAUACAACAUGUUAUAUCCAAAAGUGAGUUAAACUUUAAAGACUCCAAAGAAAGAAUAAUCACCAUUUUAUCCACCAAGCAUGACGAUGAUGAAGUUAUGUGCAUGGAAGUCAAUAGAAGAAUUAGCCUCAACUGUCCUUUCGCCUUAGACAGAAUUGAGAUACCUUGUAGAGGCAUCAAGUGUUGCCACAUACAAUGUUUCGAUUUGAAGUCCUUCAUUGAUGUGACGAAAAAAACCAAAGCUUUUAACAAUAGGUGGAAGUGUCCCAUUUGUUCUUUAUUCCUGCGGCCCAAGGAUUUAAUUGUAGACAUGUUUAUUACGUAUAUAUUGACGCAGGUGCCAAAAGAUAUUAAAGAAGUCGAGUUGAGCAAAAGUGGAGAAAUCAUUUUUAACCAAAACAACGUCGAGGGGAAGGUCGUCAAGCAGAUUGACGACGUAGACGCGGCUACUCUGCAGAAGAGCAGGGUGGAUAUCAAGACGGAGACCAGCAUGGAGAACAUUAAAGAAUAUCAACCGGCUAAGGAUAACAACACAUUCAGCAAAAACGAAAUCAUCAUAGUCGAUUCAGAUCCUGAGGAUAACGACGCUAACAAUGCUCCGCAAAAUGUUAACCUGCAGAAGAAUCGCAAUUUUGUACAAGGCCAACAGGAAGUCAUAUGCAUCUCAGACAGUGAUGAAGAGGAAAAUUUUAAUUUGACGCCAUACAACAGGGACAAGAAAAUAAAAGAAAAAGACGACUUCCUGAUUGAAAUGGAAAAUUUUGAAAACAGCAACUGCGUAAAUGAUUUCUUUAUAAGAAAUAUGAAAAGCUUGGAAAAGAAAAACGGUGUACCCAAUUCGCAUAUGUUAUUUAAUGACAUGGUUUUGGAUGUACUAAAUGAUAUUAACAAAAUUCAUGUCAAUGAAAACUUAUCCUCUAAUGUGCAGAAUUUUGAUGCCAUGCAGAAGGAAAGUAUUUCCGAACUGAAUCCCAGUUUUAAUGAAAUUACCAGUGACCCUCUUUUGAGUUAUUAUAAUAAGCCCAAUAUGUUAUCCAAAGAUUUAUUUUUCCUCAACAGUAGUUUUGACGCAUUUGGUAUGAAUCCCAUUACAGAUAUCUCCACUUUUGCCGAAUCCAUAUAUCACCUGCAUCACGUCGAGCAUGUGGACCAUGUGGACCAUGUGGACCAUGUGGAAAAGAACCAUUUGCACAUGUUAGAGUUGGCCAAAAAUGGACUUUCUACAGACUCUUGUGAGGAGGAGGUGAACAAUCCUGUUGACGAUGAUGGCGGGGCAAGGAGCAACGUGGAGGAUGUAGAUGAUAAGGGUAUCCAAACAGGUGCAAAGGGGUACACCACAAAUGGUGAAAAUGAUGAGGAUGCACCGCCACAUGGCAAACAUGAUAGCAACACCCCCGUCGGCGUGGAACACAAAUGGUCUCAUGAUAAUUCAAGUGUGAUUGAAACGGACCCAACCUUAUGCGAAGAUAAGAACCUCACUGUCCUGAAUGACAUCGGCAACGUGGACAAUAGUGAAGGAAACUUUUGCCUCGAAUUUGAAGCUAAUAAAUCCCUCUUUGAUGAGAACAAUUUAGUAACGAACGAGAUAACCACGCUGAACAACUUCGAGCCUGUAAGCAAUCUGAGCGGCCAACUGAAUAGCGAACUGCUCAUUCUGCUUCAGGAGCAGAACAGCCCGAGUAACCACAACACGCACAUAACUCCAGACACCCAAAGCAGAAGCAAAAGAAAAAACAAAAGAAAUAAAAGAACCAACACAUCAGAAAAUUUAAGGAAGUACGACAGCAUGUGCAGCAAUUUUAAUCUCUCCCUAACCAAUUACAAAAACAAACGCGAAAGGGCCAAGCAGUUAAAAGAUAUGGGUAACGGUAAGAACGGUUUCAGCCAAAGGUAUUGCAGCUUUAGCAGCAUUCACAUGAUGAAUAAAACCGAUAAAUGUGUAAACGGUGGAAGACACUCAAAAAAAAUUAACAAAAAAAAUGAUAAUUUUAAAGAAAAAAGAAAAACAACGAAAGAAAAAAAGAAAUGA